UUGGAAGCAUUUUGUCGUUUAUCCUCAAUGCGGCCGAGCGUAUUUGUCGAGUGCUUCUCCUUCGUUGUUUUAUGAGCAUAUAACAUACAUACAUACGUAUCUAUGCACGCAAAUACAUACAUACAUAUUUAUACUUGUACAUAUUAGUGCGAAUUUUCAUCUAACAAAUAGUAGAUUUUAUUUUUAAUAAAGUUUUGACAUUGGAUUUGUCAUUGGCGACGAAACGGGUUGUUUAAAAUAAAAUUGUGGGUGCUAAUAAAGUUACUUGUUAAAAAAUUGCAAUUAAAAACUAAAGUUUGUAUUCUUAAGUACAUUUUUAAAAGUGGAAAUACAAAUAGUGAACCAAUUAGUGGUGAAGCGAUACUGAAAAUUAAAAAAAUUACGUGUGCUUCCACUGAAAAAAGUAACAAGUGUGCGUGAUGUUGCUUUGCAAUAUAAUGGCAUGCAUGAUUCUGGUGAAAAGUGAAGCAUAAAUUGCAACAACAGCAAAAUUAAAGUGAAAACAAGUUAAUUACUUCAUCCGCUACAACGGUUCAGCAACAACAGCAACAUAUGUACUGCAUACCUUGCAGUAGAGUGGCUUACUGGUAAUCACACACACGCGCACCCUGCACAACGCACACAUACAUACACUUGCAGCUGUGUAGCAGUGCUGCAUCUCCGCGUUUUUGCACUUCAACAUCAACUACGCACUUAAUUCAAUAGAACUUCGGAACUACAUAAGGGAUAGGAUUCGGAAUAUCGGCUCCUCUUCAAGCAGCAUAGUAUCGUGCACGCACGCACAUACUCGUACCUAUUAAUAUACACGCCGACAAGCAGCAAUACUGCAAACAUCCAACCCAGAGCGGUCCCGAUUACGCAGUGAAAUGUCAGAGGAACAGGUCAAACUUGACGCCACCAAACAGGUGAUCAUUCCAGAUGAUUUCGAGGAUCUCAGUCCAAUGCCACAAACGGCCGCCCCACCAGUCCGGCGACGUGGCGGCAUCUCAGCCGAGCCCGUAACCGAGGAAGACGCCACAAGCUAUGUGAAGAAAGUUGUCCCAAAGGAUUACAAAACAAUGGCUGCAUUGUCCAAGGCUAUUGCCAAAAACGUCCUAUUUUCGCAUUUGGAUGAAAAUGAGCGUUCGGACAUUUUCGAUGCUAUGUUUCCAGUGAACCAUUUAAUGGGAGAGAACAUUAUACAACAGGGCGACGAAGGUGAUAAUUUCUACGUUAUUGACCAUGGCGAGGUUGAGGUAUUUGUGAAUGCUGAAUUGGUGACAACAAUUGGCGAGGGUGGCAGUUUCGGUGAGCUGGCGCUCAUCUAUGGAACACCUCGUGCAGCUACUGUACGAGCCAAAACCGAGGUCAAACUAUGGGGCAUUGAUCGCGAUUCUUAUCGACGAAUUUUGAUGGGCUCUACUAUACGCAAAAGGAAAAUGUACGAAGAAUUUUUGUCGCGUGUGUCAAUUUUGGAGAGUCUUGACAAAUGGGAACGUCUCACUGUGGCCGAUGCAUUGGAACCAGUGUCUUUCGAGGAUGGCGAAACAAUUGUCAAACAGGGUGAACCGGGUGAUGAUUUUUAUAUUAUUUUAGAUGGUACCGCCGUUGUGCUCCAACGACGAGCUGAGCAAGGAGAUGAGCCCGCAGAGGUUGGACGUUUAGGGCCAAGUGACUAUUUCGGCGAGAUUGCUUUGUUGUUAGACCGCCCAAGAGCAGCCACUGUAGUAGCAAGAGGACCAUUGAAGUGUGUUAAACUGGAUAGAGCGAGAUUUGAACGCGUCUUGGGACCCUGCGCCGACAUUUUGAAGCGUAACAUUACGCAGUACAACAGUUUCGUUUCAUUAUCUGUUUAAAGGAGCAAUUUUCAUAAUUAAUAGAGCGAAACCGUACGAAUGCAAUGACAUUUAGUUUGGAGUAAUAAUGAAUAGAGAAGACAUUUAAUGCAGAAGGAAGAUUAGAUCAACGGAAGUUUAAAAUAAAAUAAAUGAUUAAAAACUAAACUUUAAUUAAAUUAAAGACAAAAAAACUAUAAAAUGCAAAAGAAUUAGAAGUAAAGAAGAAGAGAAAUAAACUUUUUAAAAUAAUCAAAACAAAAACUGAGAAAAUGCAGAGAUGAAAAGAUGGGCUGUUGUAAGAAAUUUCCGACUUGUACAAUUUGGGAAAAAGCCAAACAAAAUUUAGUAUCGAAAAAAAAUCUUUAUGCAACCUAUAUUGGAUGAUUUCAUAUUAUUAGAGAAACAACAACAACAAUUACACUUUGCACUCUAAGCUGCGAGCAUUUAACAGUAUGUGCACAAAAAAAAAACAAAAAACUUAUAACAACAGGGUGCAUCAUUUGCAUGAAUUUUGAUGAUGCACUGUUUCGAAUUAGAGUGUUUUAGUGUAACAUCCACAUCCACGUUGCGGUGAACAUGAUAAGACCAGAUCGACAAAAUCUUAUAAAUACGAUGCUACUGUACAUUUCUCAACAUUUUCUGUAUUUUAUUGAUUAUUCCUUAAAGAAAUUCAAUAUGUAUGUUAAAUCGAUUUGCUUUCAAUUAAACUGAAAUUUUCAUAGA